GUUCAUCCGAGUCGUCAGUCCAACUAAUGUUUCUUAAUGUGGCGCUGAAAGUGCUCUUCGUGCGAGCGUGUCACGUAACUACGUUUACUCCUGCGAUGGCAAAGCGCGUUCAAUCACUGCCACUGUCACAAUCCAAUGGACUGGGCGUGGAGUCCUUGGUGCUAUUUUUCCGCUUCGAAUCACUUAAAAAUUCUGUCGCUGGUGGUCUAAGACAAGUUCACCGACACCACUUCUCUCUCCUCAAGACAAGUGGAGAGGGAAAAAUUGUUGACAUCCUAUUUGGAGCCACUGUGCAGAUGUUGAAAUCGACUAUGAAACCGUCGCUUAAGACGCCCAUGCCUGGAUGUGCUUAAAUUACUCUCUGGCCAUCCUGUGUGGCACACGGAUAACAUCGAGCUCCUUCUCCAGAUUACUGUCUCUCGGAUGCAAGUUACGUGGUCACCUGAUGGCCAACAACUUGUCUCUGUCUCAUUAGACAAUACAACACUCAAAAUUUGAAACUCGUUGAAUGGAGACCAGCCUGUUGAAUUUUGUACCGGUUACACUCGCUCAAUCGAUACACCAUAUCCUCUGAUAGGUCCUUCAUCAUCACCUCGAACGACAGGAUCGC